AUGGUAGUGGAAUCGACCGGACCUGUUAAGGCUUUGCCACAGGUGACCGCGAGCCGCCCUACCCCUGUUGUUUCUGGCGCCAAGGGCCUUGAGGCAGUGAUGGAGCUUCGACGACUUCGAGGUUUGUCCCCAUCAACAGCGCGGCAGCUAUUCACAUCGACAGUGGCUCCCGUAGUGAACUAUGCGUCUAAUGUCUGGAUGCAUGCAUUCAAAAAUAAGGCCACGGGGCCGAUCAACCGAGUCCAAAGGGUGGGAGCGCAGGCAAUCGUCGGGACCUUUCUUACCGUUGCAAACAGCGUCGCGGAGGCAGAGGCUCACAUUGCCACAGCGCAAUACCGUUUUUGGAGGCGGGCCGUGAAGAUGUGGACCGACCUCCACACGCUCCCGGAUACCAAUCCGCUCCGCCGAACUACAGCUCGGAUCAGGAAAUUCAGACGGUUUCACCGUUCGCCGCUGUACCAGGUGGCAGACGCGCUGAAGAACAUCGAGAUGGAAACACUGGAGACUAUUAACCCGUUUACAUUAGCACCAUGGGAGACACGUAUACAGACUGAUGGCGAAACCAUGCCGGACCCGCAGUCUGCACCGGGUGGAUCAAUACAGAUCGCGAUCAGCAGCUCGGCACGGAACGGGUUUGUAGGAUUUGGGGUAGCAAUCGAAAAGCAGCCACCUCGAUAUCGAAAACUGAAAUUGAAGACCUUUUCCAUGACACUGGGCGCAAGAUCAGAGCAAAAUCCAUUCUCCGCAGAGCUAGCGGCUAUAGCUCAUACAUUGAACGGGCUGGUGGGACUGAAAGGAUUCAGGCUCAGGCUGCUCACCAGCAACAAAGCGGCGGCCCUCACGAUACAGAACCCUCGACAACAGUCAGGCCAGGAGUUCGUCUGCCAGACAUACAAGCUGAUGAACAGACUGCGGAGAAAAGGAAACCAUAUCAGGAUUCUUUGGGUCCCUACCAGCGAAGACAACAAAUUACUAGGCCUAGCUAAGGAGCAGGCCAGGGCCGCGACCCAUGAGGACGCUAUCCCACAAGCACAGGUUCCCAGAAUGAAGUCAACAACGUUGAAUCUCGCACGAUCCCAAGCAGUCACCACGAAAGCCUUACCAGAGGACGUAGGGAGACACGUCAAACGAGUGGAUGCAGCACUCCCAGGAAAGCACACCCGACAACUGUAUGACGGAUUAUCGUGGAAAGAAGCGACCGUGCUGGCUCAACUCCGGACCGGCAUGGCCAGAUUAAAUAGGUAUCUCUACCGGAUCAAUGCCGCGCAGACAGACCAGUGUGCAUGCGGACAAGCAAGAGAAACCGUGGAGCAUUUUCUCUUCCGGUGUCGGAAAUGGACCACGCAACGGAUUGCACUGCUACGAUGUACUCGAACUCAGCGGGGCAAUCUCUCCCUCUGCCUGGGCGGGAAAUCGCCUUCUGAUGAUCAGCAAUGGACGCCGAACUUGGAGGCAGUACGAGCCUCAAUACGAUUUGCCAUCGCUACGGGCCGACUCGACGCCACCUAA